AUGGGGAUACAUGGAUUACUGCAGUUUAUCAAAGAAGCUUCUGAACCCAUCCACGUGAGGAAGUAUAAAGGACAGGUAGUAGCUGUGGAUACAUAUUGCUGGCUGCACAAAGGAGCUAUUGCUUGUGCUGAGAAACUAGCCAGAGGUGAACCUACUGAUAAGUAUGUAGGAUUUUGUAUGAAAUUUGUAAAUAUGUUACUCUCUCAUGGGAUCAAGCCUAUUCUCGUAUUUGAUGGAUGUACUUUACCUUCUAAAAAGGAAGUGGAAAAGUCUAGAAGGGAAAGACGACAAGCCAAUCUUCUUAAGGGAAAGCAGCUUCUUCGUGAGGGCAAAGUCUCAGAAGCCAGAGAAUGUUUUACCCGUUCUAUCAAUAUCACACAUGUGAUGGCCCACAAAGUCAUUAAAGCUGCUCGGUCCCAGGGAGUAGAUUGUCUCGUGGCUCCGUACGAAGCAGACGCACAGUUGGCCUAUCUUAACAAAACGGGUAUUGUACAAGCUAUAAUCACAGAGGACUCUGACCUCCUCGCUUUUGGCUGUAAAAAGGUGAUUUUAAAAAUGGACCAGUUUGGAAAUGGACUAGAGAUUGACCAGGUGCGGCUGGGCAUGUGCAGACAGCUUGGGGACGUGUUCACAGAGGAGAAGUUCCGCUAUAUGUGCAUUCUCUCGGGCUGUGACUACCUCUCCUCGCUGCGUGGGAUUGGCUUAGCAAAGGCCUGCAAAGUGCUAAGACUGGCCAAUAAUCCAGACAUCGUGAAGGUUAUCAAGAAAAUCGGACACUAUCUUAAGAUGAACAUAACAGUACCAGAAGAUUACAUCAAAGGAUUUAUUCGAGCCAACAAUACCUUCCUUUAUCAGCUAGUUUUUGAUCCCAUCAAAAGGAAACUCAUCCCUCUGAAUGCUUACGAAGAUGACAUUGAUCCUGAAACACUAAGCUACGCUGGGCAGUAUUUUGAUGAUUCCAUAGCUCUUCAAAUAGCCCUUGGAAAUAAAGAUAUAAACACUUUUGAACAGAUUGAUGACUACAAUCCAGACACUGCUACGCCUGCCCAAUCAAGAAGUCAGAGUUGGAAUGACAAAACAUGUCAGAAGUCAUCUAAUGUUAAUAGCAUUUGGCAUAGGAAUUACUGCCCUAGACUUGAGCUGGAUGUUGUUUCAAAUGCUACAAGAUUGAAGGAAAAUCCGAGUACUGUGGGCAUUGAACAAGUGAUCAGUAUUAAAGGGUUAAAUCUUCCAAGGAAGUCAUCCAUUGUGAAAAGACCAAGAAAUGAAGAGCUGUCAGAAGACGACCUGUUGAGUCAGUAUUCCCUUUCAUUUACAAAGAAGACCAAGAGAAAUAACUGUGAAGGUCCUAAAUCCUUGAACUCUUCUGAAAUGCUCAUGCCUGACGUGGUGGAUGGAAGUACUGUUAGAAAAAACGGGAGCGCAACACUUACGACUAGAAAUAAAUUUGCGGCGUUUUUACAGAGAAAAAAUGAAGACAGCGGUGCAGUUGUGGUCCCAGGGACCAGAAGCAGGUACAGUUUUUUUUGCAGUGCUCUGGAUUCUGCCGACUGUGUGUCGGUGGAAGCAGGCAGCCAGCCCCUAGAGGAAGGUGCUGUCACGGAGAAAGAGACCAGUCUAAGUGAGUCAGAUUGCGUAGAUGGCCAGAAGACGGCUGGGUUGGACGUAGCUCGUAGCUCAGGUGAUCCGACUGCAGGCAAUGGAGCCGUGAUGACUGACAGUGAGUCUCAGUCUUCUGAGACCAGCAGGUUCACCAGGACCAUUUCACCACCCACUCUGGGCACACUCAGAAAUUGUUUUAGUUGGUCUGGGAGUCUUGGAGACUUUUCACGAACUCCAAGCCCUUCGCCAAGCUCUUCUCCACGCACAGUGUUGCAGCAGUUCCAGAGACGGGCUGACCCCUCUGCGGCCCCGCCUGGCCAGAGGGAAGUGUCCCAUGUGUCUCAGUUAAAGAGCGAUGGGUCAGGUGAUGAAGAGCCUCCCUUAUGGCCAGUGGGGUCCUCUCCACAGUCUCAGGAAAGCGCAGAAUUAUUGCCACACAAUUUGAAUGCAUCAAAACUUUCUCAGCCUUCUAGUAAGGAUUCGGAUUCAGAGGAAUCUGACUGCAAUAUGAAGUCACUUGAUAAUCAAGGUAAUCCGAAAUCCAAGCUACGUUUAUCUCAGUUUUUGAAAAAAGACACACUUCUAAGAAACAAGGUUCCUGGGCUGUAUAAAUCUAGUUCUGUGGACAAUCUUUCUACAACCAGGAUCAAGCCUCUAGUUCCUGCCCGAGUCAGUGGGCUCAGCAAGAAGCCAUCGAGCAUCCAGAAGAGGAAUCAUCAUAAUGCUGAGAACAGGCCAGGAUUACAGAUAAAAAUCAAUGAGCUCUGGAAAAAUUUUGGAUUUAAAAAAGAUUCUGAAAAGCUGCCUUCUUGUAAGAAGCCAGAUCCCCUGUCGCCAGUCAAAGAUAACAUCCAACUAACUCCAGAAGCAGAAGAGGAUAUAUUUAACAAAUCUGAAUGCCUGCGUGUUCAGAGAGCAAUAUUCCAAUAAAUGCAGACAGCUGGGAAGCUAUUGCCUGCAAGAGAAUAUCAAUUUGAAGUGCUGUUUGGG